UCUCUCUUUAAUUUUUGUUUGGUGGUUGCAAAGAGGUGAAAAUUCUCCAACUCCAAUUCACCACUCCUCUUGGAAUGCAUUGAGUCAACAAUUGGUAUCAGAGCAAGGGCUCCAAUUUGAAGGUUUAACCACCUAGGAGUUGAUCGGUAAUGGCUCAAUUUCUAUCUUCUCAACCACUUGAAGGUUUGUCUACCACUAAGCCUCCUUUCUUUGAUGGUACUAAUUAUAAUUAUUGGAAGAAUAGGAUGAAGCUCUUCAUGCUUGCAAAUGUGCCCAAGGCAUGGGUUGUGACUAUGAAAGGUCCAUAUGUACCCAUGAAAAUUGUUGGAGAAAGAGAGGUGCCAAAGGAAGAGAUUGAUUGGAAUGAUGAAGACUUGGAGAAGAUCAUGAUCAACAAUAAAGCAAUCAAUAUGCUUCAAUGUGCUUUCAAUCCAACGGAAUUCCAUAGAGUAUCCGGAUGUGAUACGGCCAAGGCGAUGUGGGACAUGUUGGAGGUAACACAUGAAGGAACAAGCCAAGUAAAGGAGUCAAAAAUCAAUAGACUCAUUUACAUGUAUGAGCUUUUCAAGAUGAAACUAGAGGAGAGCAUUCAAGAUAUGUAUACAAGAUUGAAUGAUAUAGUCACCAAUCUCAAGGCUCUUGAUAAAGUCUAUCCUUCUCAAGAAGUAGUGAGGAAGGUUCUUAGAAGCUUGCCCAAGAAUUGGGUAGCCAAAAAUUGGGAAGCCAAGAAGACCGUAAUUGAAGAGUCUAAGGAUCUCAACACCCUCAAGCUUGAAGAUCUCAUUGGAAAAUUGAUGACAUAUGAGAUAGAAGUUCAAGUUGAUGGUGGAGUUGAAGUAGUUGAGAAGAAGAAGGAGAAUGUUGCUUUCAAGGCUAGCAACCAAAAGGAAGAGAGUGAAGAUGAUGCUAAUAAGGAUGAGUCUAGCAAUAAGUAGGUGUUGACUCAAUGCACUCCAAGAGGGGGGGUGAAUUGGAGUUGGAGAAUUUUCACCUCUUUGCAACCACCAAACAAAAAUUAAAGAGAGAGUGGAGAA